AAGAAAUCGAUCGUCUGCUUCAAAUUAAAUAGGAUUUUUUUUUUUUUAAUCUUGUACUCCAACCUCUACAUUGGGAAUGUAGGCCGGUUUCUCAUUAGAGGGUGGGUGUUACGAAUACCGUCAUCCGUCUCUCUGUCCUACAUUCUGUACCUCCUUCCAAUCCAAAUCGGAGAGAGAAAGAGACAUCGACUGCAAAAGGGACGCCUUUUUGUUCCCCUACUCCUCGCCGUGGGGGGAUUUGAAGAUCCCUCUCCCGUCUUUUCUCCGGUAGCAUACAAAGCCUCGCCUCGCCCCCGCUCGACCUGAAGCGGGCGCUCCCAAUCUCCCCACGGUCUUGUUAUCCUGCCGUAGGUGGGCUUUCUUCGAAGUGAGCUUUUAGAAGCUGGCAACCAUGUUUAAUAGGCUCUUCGGAAAGCCCAAGGAGCAGGCCAAUGCUUUAACCACUCUCGACAAGUUACAUGAGACACUUGAAAUGCUCGAGAAAAAGGAGAAAGUUCUUGAGAAGAAAGUUGCUGCCGAAGUUGAAAAGGCCAAGGAGUUCACAAGAGCAAAGAACAAAAGAGCUGCAAUACAAUGUCUGAAGAGGAAAAGGCUUUAUGAGCAACAAAUUGAGCAACUUGGAAAUUUCCAAUUGAGGAUUCAUGAUCAGAUGAUAAUGCUAGAAGGUGCAAAAGCUACAACAGAAACUGUUGAGGCGUUGAGAACUGGGGCAGCAGCAAUGAAGGCUAUGCAGAAAGCAACUAACAUUGAUGAUGUUGACAAGACUAUGGAUGAAAUCAACGAGCAGACAGAGAACAUGAAGCAGAUCCAGGAAGCACUAUCUGCUCCUAUUGGAGCAGCAGCUGAUUUUGAUGAGGAUGAACUGGAAGCAGAACUUGAGGAGUUGGAGGGAGCUGAGUUGGAGGAACAACUUCUUCAACCUGCUACAACUGCUCCUGCUGCACCAGUACAGUAUGUUCCAGUAGGAAGACAGCCAACUCGCCCUGCUCCACAGAAAAAUACAGCUGAAGAAGAUGAACUUGCAGCACUACAAGCUGAAAUGGCUCUGUAGUCAGGUCUGAUUCUUGAGAUAGACAAUACUGUAAAAAGUGAUUGGAUUGUACUUUAUAAUGGAGUUUGUAAUGGAGUCUGCUCCAUAUUGCAACAUUACAUUUCCAAUGUGUAUACUUUUUGCAAAAUGUUAUUGGCGGAGAAAGAAAUGAUCAUUUCCUUAGCUUCUUAUUCUA